AUGCUUGAGUGGUCGAGAAUCUGCAGUGAAGACUGGAGGGAGCUCGACAAUCUCUCAUCCAACAGCAUCUCCCAGCACGACCUGUUUGACCCUGUGUGGUACGCGUCGCUCUUAUACACCACUCCUUCCACUCCUUCCACUCCUUCCCCUCCUUCCCCUCCUUCCCCUCCUUCCACUCCUUCCACUCCUUCCCCUCCUUCCCCUCCUUCCCCUCCUUCCCCUCCUUCCCCACCUUCCCCUCGUUCCCCUCCUUUUACUCCUUUCCCUCCUUCCCCUCCUUCCCCUCCUUCCCCUCCUUCCCCUCCUUCGCCUCCUUCCCCUCCUUCGCCUCCUUCCCCUCCUUCGCCUCCUUCCCCUCCUUCCCCUCCUUCCCCUCCUUCUCCUCCUUCCAUUCCUCCAAUUUCCUCCCGCACCCUCCCAUCCCUCCCCCUCCACCCCCCGCCCAGCUCCCAGCACGACCUGUUUGACCCAGUGCGCUACGCGUCCCUCAAGGGCUUUGAGGAUAACGUGGCGCUGCUGCUGGACAAGUUGGGGAUCCAGGCCUCGUCUUCGUGGCAAGAGGCCUCGUCCUCAUGGCAGGAGGUGACGUUCAUAGGGCACCAGCAGGCGGGCAUGGUGGGGCUGCUGCUCGCGCUGCAGAGGCCUGACCUCUUCCACCGAGUCAUCACGCUCGCCUCCUCGCCCAGGUUUAGAUUGCUCUCAGACGUGGAAUAUGCGGGCGUGUUUGAGCUGCAGGAUCUGGACCAGGUGUUUGGGGUCAUGCAGUCCAACUACACGGUGAGAGGGAAGUUACUGGAGGGGAGGGGGGCCAGGAAGUGUUGUUGGGAUGGGAGAUGGGUGGAAGAAGGAAGAUGUGUGGGGCCAGGACAUGUCUGUUUGUUUGAGCUGCAGGAUCUGGGCCAGGUGUUUGGGGUCAUGCACUCCAUCUACCAGAUGUGGGCAGCGGGGUGCAUGCCAGUGCUUUCAGCCGACACAACAUCCGACUGUCUCUCCCUUGUGCUUCAUUCACCCACGCUCCUAGAAACCUUCCCUCCACACCACCAUACCACACCUCCACCUCUCCCCCUCGCAAUAGAAGUGGGCAGCGGGGUGCAUGCCAGUGCUUUCAGCCGACACAACAUCCGACUGCCCCACGUGCGCAACUCAACUCACACUCCUUACCGUUUCCCCCAACCCCACCACAUCCCUACCCCUUCUCCCCCCACUCCCUCUACAGAUGUGGGCAGCGGGAUGUGGGCAGCGGGGUGCAUGCCAGUACUGACACCAUAUGACAUUCGACUGCCCCACGUGUGCGACUUCACGCGCCCGCUCUUCUCCCUCCGCCCAGACGUUGCCUUCGCGCUGCUCAAAGCCACCUUCGCCUGUGACGUGCACGCUGUGCUCUCAGAGGUACUAGUACAGUCGCACAUGCUGCUGAUUGCACUCGACCCCACGGUACCGCACUCCACCACACAGCACAUGCUCGCAGCCAUCCCAAACUCGUAUGCAGCGAUCCUCGCUGCACGUGCGUCCAGAUGUCGUCGCAACGAGCAUCCUGCGCCACAUCAGCAUGCCAGAACGGGACGCUCAGAGCCAAGCAUGUUGCCAGACGGUCAGCACGCGAUUCGCCAUCCCUUCGUCGAUGCUGCCGCCGACAAGAGUGGUGGAGGAGGGCUGGGAGUGAUGGGAUGGGGCCCUCGGACUGGAGUGAGAGGGAGUGGGAAUGAGAGGCAGGGGCGCUGUGCAUGGGCUGACUGA